AUUUGGUGUGAGUUUAGUUAUUUUGGGAAAUAACCCAAGACCCAGGCUGGCAGCAACUGUGCUCAAUGCAGCUGCAGCUCCUCAGAGCCCGCUGAAGAUGGCACAGGCAGGGAGAGGGACUGGGGCGCCCUGUAUAGCUGCUCCUUAAUACACAAGAACUAAACCGAAUCCUGAGGAUGGGUAGCCAUGGAGGAGGAAGGUGCCAGCGGUGUUUCUGGUCAAAAUCGGGCACAUUUUGGCUUAACCUGGGUAAUAUUUGUCUGCCCAGCUGUAGGGAGCUACAGAGGGCCUGGAGGGAGGAAAUGAAACAACACCUCAGAAGAGACAGGGAUGGCUGGUGGAGACAUCUGGGAUCCUUGGGGAGAGGGGCUGGAACCGCUGCCAGCACUCCAGCCUGCCAAACCGAAACCUUCCCAGGACGCUGGCAGAGGUAGAUGGAGGGGCCGGGAGCCCCUGCGGGGCUGUCUCUGACACAGACCCAGGCCACACACUGGUGGCUGCUGGAUUUGCUUUCGCCAGACGAAAAUUACAGGGGCUCGCAGCCGUGGGGGAUCUCUCAGCGGCCUCGACCCCGGGGCUCGCUCGGCGGCGCCACGUUCUCUGGAGAAAACGAAACCGCCCACAUUUGAGGAACCCGAAACUGCCGUGCUGGUGACGCCUGCCUCUGCUUUGUUCAGGGCGGCCAAGCCCCCUGCCAGGCUCGGAGGUGGGGCUGUCUCGGCGGCGCUGAGCCAUCCCUGCGCCGGGACCUUCCUCGCACGGCAGCACAGCGGCUGCUCCAGGCUGGGUGUCGCCGCUCCGGCUCCUCGCCCUUCUCCCGAACGUCUGCUCGCCGCGGGACGUGGAGGCUCGGAUCAGCUCGGGCCAUCGGGGCUCGGCGGGGUCCCGUCAGCGUAAGAUCCUCUGACUUGUAGCAAUGGGGAGACCCAGGAAGGAGUCUGCUGCCACAUCGUCCCCCCGACCGGCCACAACCGCCUCCAGAAGUGCCCCCGCUGCGCCUCCGCCUUCCACAUCGGCCACCCGGGCCAAGGCCGCAGCUGCAGGGAGCCAGUCCCGCAGCACUUCGGCUGCCAAGGCUACCACCUCCACAAAGGGGCAGGGGACAAAGGCAGACUCUGCUCAGCCAAGAUCCACAGCAUCCCGCGGAGCCCGAGGAGAUGCUGGGGACAAGAGCAGAGCACCCGCCAGGAGUUCUACAACCCAGAAGGAACCCAGCACCAAGGGAGCUACUGGUCCUGCCAGGACCGACCUGUACCCAGAGAAGAAGCAGCCUGGGGCUGACCUGAGCAAGGCCUGCGACCGGUUCCUGCCCCCUGUAAAGAGCCAGGACAUCCCAAGGGUGGAGAAGGAGACCCGGGGCCAGCGGGACAACCCCAAGUGGUACGAGUGGCGGGAGAACCGCAUCACUGCCUCCGUGGCCCCCAAAAUUGCCAACAGCAGGUUUGCCAACAGCAAGACAGAUGAGGUACCCAAGUCCUACCUAAAAGAAGUGGUGAGCUCUGGCUCCAAGGUGCAGACCCCAGCCAUGUCCUGGGGGAUCCGCAAUGAGAAGGUGGCGGUGGAAGCCUACAAGCAGAAAUCACAGAAAGGGGGCAAGCCAGUGCAAGUGGAGGAUUGUGGCCUUUUCAUUCACCCAGAGAAGAAGUGGCUUGCUGCUAGCCCAGAUGGGAUCAUCAAGGAUGCAGCCACAGGGAAGGACCUGGGGCUGCUGGAGGUGAAGUGUCCCUACAAGCACAGGAACAGGACAGUGCGCGAGGCCUGCAAGGACAAGGACUUCUGCCUGGAGGUGGAAGGGGAUUCCUAUGCCCUGAAGAAGAAUCAUCCCUACUUUACCCAGGUCCAGUGCCAGCUGGGAACCACUGGCCUCCAGCGGGCCGACUUCGUGGUGCACACCAACAAGGAGACAGCUGUGGUCCCCGUGGAGUUUGACAGAGAGUUCUGGGGGAAGACGGUGCCCAAGCUGGAGAAGUUUUACACGGAGGCAGUGGUUCCCCACCUGGAGCAGAAGGCAGGCACCUCUGUCUGGGCCAAUGAGGAAUAGACCACUGCCUGCCUACCUCGACCGAAUACUUGCUUGGCUGCAUCACUCCAGUUUUGUCCCCUAGCGUAGAAGUUACACCCAGGUUAGUUGUUGUUCCUAAACCGUUCACAGCCUUGGAACUGAAAAGUUGUACCAGCAGGACCCUGCUUGGUAAGGGUCCCCACAAAUAGUGCCUUCUUGCUGCCCCAGCCAGGUCAGCACUCAGCCCCCAGAGCCUUCUUGUCUGUCACCCUCACUGCACCUCCCACAUGUCCCAACAGCAUGCCUGAUGGAAGCUGGCAUACCUCUGGAUCUGCAACAAAAGCCAAUGAUACCUCUGUGUUGUAAUUAGAAGCUUAUUUUGUGGAGAAAACUGGAACCUUUGGCACCUCGAUUGCUGUCGGGACUAAUUUCUAACUGCACUCCAGAGCGGAGACAAAGACAAGGAAGGUUUGUCAGAGCCCAAGAGGAAAACUCUUCUUUUGAGCCAAACAGUGAUGUGCCUUAAGUAUUAGAGCAAGGGCACACAGACACCACCCUUCCUCCCCGAGCCAUCAUCGGAUCUGCUGCUUCUGUGGAACAACCAAUGACAUUCCCUGUGAGAUGCCUGCAGGCUCUGGAACAUGAUUCCCACUGAAGAGGUUGUCCCCGAGGCCAUGUAACUCCUGAGGACCUACCCAUGGAGCAUUAUUCCCUGUAAACUGCAGCAGCGUGGGGAGGUGUGGUCAUUGCCAAAUUAAAGAUAGAUGUACCGGUC